CUGCAGCAGGAGGAGGAGAGAGGGGAGGGGGAAGGGGCAGCGAAGGAGACAGACGCGCAAUGGGGCUCUGAGAAGGGAGGGACGGGGCAGGCAGCCGGAGCAGCAGCAGGAGCCGUGGGGAGCACAGCAGCCUGGGCGGGUGUGACCAGGAAAGGGGCCCCCCUCCGAGGAGCCAGGGGCCCCCCCUCCCCUUCCCGGAGAGCCUCUUAAAGGGCCCGGACGCGUCCCCAAUGCACCGGCAGGGUAAUGAGAAGCCUGCAGAGAUACGAGUCAGAUCUUGCAGCUGAGGUUUUACCCCUCCCCUCCCAAUCUGCCCCAGUCCCGCAGCAUGGUCCAUGCCUGCUUGUCCGGUCCUCUAGAUGGCAGGUUAGUGCGGAGUGGGGUGCUGGCUUGCAGAGAGGUGCCCGUGGCGUUCACAGCGUCGGCAGUGUCCUCACACCCGAUCCUUCUCCCCUCCCCAAGACAGGAUCCCUUCCCAAAUCCCUCCCUUCCUCAGUCCUCUGCCUGGGCAGCACCAAGCCACCAUCCCGUUGUCCCAGAAUCUUGCUUCGAGCCUGUUUAAUUUGGAAAUGUGGCAGCAGUUUAAAUUCCCCAAACUUUUGCUUAUGGAAAACAGGCCUGCUAAGUAGGAAGGAAAGAGAGGAAGAAAGGCUCAAAGUGGAGAUCCCGGCUUGGAUGGCACCAUGAGUGGAGGAAGGUUUGAUUUUGAUGAUGGAGGUGCAUAUUGUGGGGGGUGGGAAGGGGGAAAAGCCCACGGCCAUGGCAUCUGCACUGGUCCCAAGGGCCAAGGGGAGUACUCGGGCUCAUGGAACUAUGGCUUUGAAGUGGUGGGCAUAUACACCUGGCCCAGUGGCAACACCUAUGAAGGCUACUGGUCUCAAGGCAAAAGGCACGGUUUGGGGAUCGAGACCAAAGGACGGUGGCUUUACAAAGGCGAAUGGACCCAUGGCUUUAAGGGACGGUACGGGACAAGGCAGAGCAUGAGCAGUGGCGCAAAGUACGAAGGAACCUGGAAUAACGGGCUGCAGGACGGUUAUGGCACUGAGACUUACGCAGAUGGAGGAACGUACCAAGGCCAAUUCACCAACGGCAUGCGUCACGGAUACGGCGUCCGUCAGAGCGUCCCGUACGGCAUGGCGUCUGUGGUCCGCUCCCCGCUCCGAACCUCUCUGUCAUCCCUCCGUAGCGAGCACAGCAACGGCACCUUGCCACAGCAGGACUCACCGGUGGCCAGCCCAGAAAGCAUCCUCCUGUCCCCCACUAUCAAUCGGGGAGGCUUUGCCCUCAGUCUGUAUGCAGAUCCUGCAGCCAACAAGCUGAAAAAAGGGGGCCUCUUCCGACGGGGAUCUCUGCUGGGGAAGCUAAAGAAAUCAGAGUCCAAAACCUCCCUGGCCAGCCAGAAGAGCCGCCUCAGCUUCCUCAAGAGCGAGAGCGGCAUCAGCUCGGCGGCCAGCGAUGCCACCUCCACUGUCAGCUUGGGUGAAGGGGCGGAAGGGGAGGAGUUCCCGCCCUUCGAAUCUGACAUCGAUGCCACCACCACAGAGUCCUACAUGGGCGAGUGGAAGAACGACAAGCGCUCGGGCUUCGGGGUGAGCGAGAGGUCGAGCGGCCUGAAGUACGAGGGCGAGUGGCUGGACAAUGUGCGGCAUGGCUAUGGCUGCACCACCCUGCCGGAUGGCAAGAAGGAGGAAGGCAAGUACCGGUUGAACGUCCUGAUCAAAGGCAUGAAGAAGCGGGUGAUCCCUCUGAAGAGCUCCAAGAUCAGGCUGAAGGUGGACAGGAGCGUGGAAGGGGCUCAGAGGGCAGCGGCCAUUGCCAGGCAGAAGGCGGAGAUUGCAGCCUCCAGGACCUCCCAUGCCAAAGCCAAGGCAGAUGGAGCUGAGCAAGCCGCUCAGGCAGCUAACAAUGAAUCCAGCGUAGCCAGGACGAUGGCCAGGGAACUCUCUCCAGACUUCUAUCAGCCAGGCCCUGAGUACCAGAAGAGGAAGCUGCUCCAGGAAAUCAUUGAGAAUGCUGAGAAUAUGGGGAACCUGGAAGAGGCUGCACCACCCACCAAAGUGCCACCACAGCCCACCCCUCCAGAAAGCCCUCAGCUCCACGAGAAAGACUCUGCCAACCCCCAGGAAAAUCCAGCCCAAACGCCAUCGCCAAGUCCCGCUGGAACACCGCCGGUGGCAAAGCGGGCAAAGCAGAGUUCACAGAGGGAUGGCUUCCUCAGCCCUGGCAGCUGGAAUGGGGAUACCAACCGAGACGGGAGCCACACAGGAAGUAGGCCCAACACGCCAUCCAGUGCACUGUUGGCACCUGGGGAGAAAGCCAGCAGCAGACCUGCCUCGCAGAGCUCCAUUCGCUUCAGCAACACCAGGACUUCGGCAGAUCAGAUGGAGAUCAAGCCCCUUCAGAGGAUUGUGCAAGAACCCGAUGUCGAAUUAUACCAAGGCUAUCACAGCUACGCAGUGAGGACCUCCCCAGUCACUCCCCCCUUGGACUUUGAGGAAGAAUCAUUCCCUGUCCCCAAAUCACCUACUAAAUCAGUCACCCCAGAACCAAGAACUGAGGUGAGGGCUGUUGAACACAAAGCAGAACUGCAGAAGAGGGGAGGCACACCCGUCACUCAGCAUGAGCCAGUACCUGAAGAGAAACCAGUGCCCACAGCAGAAUCUAAACCGGAGCAGCCCAAGCCGGAGCUCAAACAUAAACAAGAUCUGAAGCAACACCACAAGGCUGAGCACAAGGUGGCCGUGAAAGCAGAAGCUGCAACUGAAGCCAAGCCUGAGCAAAAGACUGAGAUGAAGGCUCUGGCUAAACUCGAACCUACAGUGGUAGCUAAGAAGGAGACUCCCCCUGAAGCAGCAGCAGCACAGGAAGUAGAUGAAUUUGAAGAGGGACCUAACACAAUCAUGAUCUGCAUGGUCAUCUUAUUGAAUAUUGGUCUGGCCAUCUUAUUUGUACAUUUUCUGACAUGAUGCACCCCUCAGACAAGGACAGAUGUUGCCACUGCUGUAAACCAUGGACCUUGGCAGGGAUUAAAUGCUUGGACAUACAGAAACAUCAACCAGGAGGACGUUAGAACCUAACGUUGCACAGGAAACAUGAACUUUCAAAGAAAGUUUUCUGAGUAUCUGGCUAGCUUCACUGCUCCCAGUCGGUGGGUGACUCUCCAGUCAGACAAGAAACCUGGAUUUUUGUAAACUUUUCUUGUUCUUUCCUUUGUAGGAACUAGCCAUUGCCUUAACGUGUCCUCACCAAAGUCCCUGAUCAUGCCAGGGAAGAGGGAUUUAUCUGUAGUUGUAGAAGUGUGUACACUUAAGUGCCCUCUGUUCUCUGAUGCCCUUGACCGACUCAAUGUCAAAAAUUUUCCCAGAAAAUGUCAAUAAAAGCAAGGAGACAAUGCAAUGCACGGGGUAAGCAGGAGCACACAUCACACCCUCCCAGAGCUGGAAUUGUUUAACCACUCCACCAAACCCAGGAGUAUUAUCAGUCUUAGCAAAAGCCUUAGGCUACUUCCCCUGCUGCUCCACAAAAGGAGUUAAAUGACUUACGAACAAGGCAUAGCCUUGAGGGACCCCAUAGUUGGAAGUCAGUGAAUCUAAUAUCACCUACCAUGAAGAAACC